GCCUGCUAGGCGCCGCGCUGAGGUACGAGCCUUUGAAGCGGCCGCUGCCAGCUAACGGCGCCUGCCCGCCCCCUGCCGCCUCCGGGGCGGAUCGGGCUGCGGCGGGACUUGGACCGGCUAGGUGGGUGCUGCCGGGAGCGGCACGGAGCGGGUCGGCAGCCAUGCGAACGUCGCUCGGCAGCGCCACGGAGCCGGCCGGCCCCAGGAGCACCCACGGUCGCAUCUGGGCUGUCGUCCUGGGAGCAGCGGCUGGGCUUUUCCUCCUCGGGUUCUUCAUCGGGUGGUUUGCAAAACCUACAGAAAAGAAGACAUCUGUGAGGUCUGAUGAGGACAUGAAGGCAGCAUUUAUGGCCGAAAUGAAAGCUGAAAACAUCAAGCAUUUUCUUUACAAUUUUACCCAGCUUCCUCACCUAGCAGGAACAAAGGAGAAUCUACAUCUGGCACAGCAAGUCCAAGCUGAGUGGAAGGAGUUUGGUUUGGAUUCUGUUAAGCUGUAUCAUUAUGAUGUCUUGCUUUCUUACCCAGAUGCCUCUAAGCCCAACUACAUCUCAGUAAUUGAUGAGCAUGGAAAUGAGGUUUUCAACACAUCGUUAUCUGAGCCUCCUCCUCCAGGAUAUGAGGCUGUUAGAGAUGUAGUGCCACCCUACAGUGCAUUUUCAGCCCAAGGAGUGCCUGAGGGUGAAUUACUGUAUGUGAAUUAUGGCCGCACUGAGGACUUCUUUCUGCUAGAGCGUGUAAUGGGAAUUAACUGCACAGGAAAGAUUGUUAUUGCCAGGUAUGGGAAGAUCUUCAGAGGAAAUAAGGUGAAGAAUGCUGAACUGGCAGGUGCCAAGGGAAUUAUUCUGUACUCUGACCCUGCUGACUACUGUGCCCCAGGAGUAGAUCCCUAUCCAAAUGGCUGGAACCUUCCAGGUGGAGGAGCCCAGCGUGGAAAUGUGUUAAACUUGAAUGGGGCAGGAGAUCCUCUGACACCAGGUUAUCCUGCAAAAGAGUACACCUACCGAUUAGACAAAGCCAGGGGUAUAGGUCUCCCAAAAAUUCCAGUUCAUCCCAUUGGCUAUCACGAUGCUGAAUCAUUGCUGCGUAACAUGGGAGGACAUGCACCACCAGAUAGUAGCUGGAAAGGAAGUUUGAAUGUAUCUUACAACGUUGGUCCGGGUUUCGCCACAAGUUAUUCUACAAGAAUGGUGAAAAUGCACAUUCAUAGCAACAACGAAAUAAGAAGGAUUUACAAUGUCAUUGGUACCAUCAGAGGCAUGGUGGAACCAGACAGGUAUGUCAUCUUGGGAGGUCACCGUGACUCAUGGGUUUUUGGUGGCAUUGAUCCUCAGAGUGGAGCAGCUGUGGUUCAUGAGAUUGUGAGGAGUUUUGGAAUACUGAAAAGGAAAGGAUGGAGGCCAAGGAGGACAGUGAUAUUUGCAAGCUGGGAUGCAGAGGAAUUUGGCUUGUUAGGAUCAACAGAGUGGGCUGAGGAAAAUGUCAAAGUAUUGCAAGCACGGGCAGUGGCUUAUAUCAAUGCAGAUUCCUCCAUUGAAGGCAACUACACACUACGAGUGGAUUGCACACCACUGAUGUACAAACUGGUGUACAGUCUGACUAAAGAGAUACCAAGUCCUGAUGAGGGGUUUGAAGGAAAAUCUCUGUAUGAGAGCUGGUUACAAAAAAAUCCAUCAAGAGAAUACAGUGAUGUUCCCAGAAUAAAUAAACUGGGUUCUGGCAAUGACUUUGAAGUCUUUUUUCAACGUCUUGGCAUCGCUUCAGGCAGAGCACGUUACAGUAAAAACUGGGAUGUAGAAAAAUAUAGCAGCUAUCCAGUUUACCACAGUGUCUAUGAAACCUAUGAAAUUGUGGAGCAGUUUUAUGAUCCCACUUUCAAGAAUCACCUAACAGUAGCUCAGGUACGGGGAGGGCUGGUUUUUGAACUGGCCAACUCCGUUGUGCUUCCUUUUGACUGCAGAGAUUAUGCAUCAGCUGUGAGCAACUAUGCUCACAUCAUCUAUAAUUUGUCAAGGAAUCAUGAAGAGAAACUAGCAACAUACAACGUGUCCUUUGAUGCUCUCUUUUCUGCUGUGAAAAAUUUUACAGAAGUUGCUGCUAGCUUUCAUGAGAGACUGCAACAAAUAGACACCAAUAACCUACUUGCUGUGAGAUCACUAAAUGAUCAGCUCAUGUUUCUAGAAAGGGCUUUCAUCGAUCCUCUUGGGUUACCUGGCAGGCCAUUCUAUAGGCACAUCAUCUUUGCUCCAAGCAGCCAUAACAAAUAUGUAGGAGAAUCAUUCCCAGGAAUCUAUGAUGCCAUGUUUGACAUUGAAAACAAAGCUGACCAACAAGAAGCCUGGGAAGAAGUUAAGAGGCAGAUUUCCAUUGCAGCCUUCACCGUACAAGCAGCAGCAGGGACACUGAAAGAAGUAGCAUAAAUAUCAAUAAUGUAAUCAUCAACAAAGACUACAUAUGACAGUUUGCAGAAGCCUUAAAAAUAGAGCAUUUUGAAACACUAGGAUGAUUAUUACAAAGAACACAAAACCCAAAAAAUCUGUCUCUUUACAAGUAUUAUGGCCAAGUGGAAUGCAAUUGUCAGUGCUAACAAGGUAAUGUCCUCCAGUAGAGAGCUCAGGCUUCAGAUGACUUCUGAAGUGAGGGUGAAACAGUUUCAUGUUUUCUCUCAGCUUCAUAUUUAAGAGUUGCUAACCACUGGAUUUUUUUUCAGAGCCUUGAAUUUUCCUAGCUUGAUUAUUACAGCAGUACCCAUGGUAUGAGGAAACCAGAAGUCAUUUAAUUCUAUUACUUUUCUAAUUUUGUUGAUUUUUUCUUUAAUUUACCUUGAAGUUGUAAAAUUGUACUCCAAGACAGCCCUUCCAUUUCUCCUUUUACACAAAUUAUCAUGUAUGAAGAUGGGAAAACUGUCAUUUUGAGUAAUGAGUUUUGGGCAGCCAGUCCAGAAUACUCAUCCAUGUUGCUCUUCUCUUCAUAUGCUGAGAUUUGCAGCUGUUUGCAAAUAAAGUUAAGCACGGUGCCUUCUAGUCACCAGAGUAAAAUGAAGGCAGUGCAUCUUGUCAGAUGUGUAACCACCUCACAAAACAUGCCUUUUGAGACAAACACCUACUCUUACUCUUUUAUCCAAAAUCUACCCCUGCCAUGCCUUGUAUUUUUAAUACAUUGGAAACAAAGAAAAUUCAUCAGGUCCUUAGUCCAAAAGUCUAAAUUCUUGCUGUCUUUGUCGAGUCUGUACUUCUGGUUUUGCCGUGCAUUUUAUUCAUACGAGAGGCUGCUCAAAGGACUACAGUAGGACAACUAAGAUUAGGCAGAAAAAUCUCAGAAUAUCAAAUCCCUUCAUCUGACACUGCCACUAGAGGAUUACUAAACAUAUUUUGUGUAAUUUGAUCUGCCAGUUUAGCUGAGGCCACCAACAUUACGUAGAAGACUGUCCCACAGUCUGAUGGUUUUCAGUAUUGUGGUAGAUUUUUUCUUUUGCUUACUACCUCAUUUAUUCAUAAAUGUUUCUACUGCUCACAUUAAAUCCCUUUAGGCAAGUUAA